AUGGCUUCCAAGCAGAUGCUCGUCGCCGUGUUCGCCGCGGCUGCCCUCGCCGUGGCCUUCCUCCCGGGGCUCGCCGUCGCUACGGAGCACAUGGUCGGCGACGACAAGGGCUGGACCCUCAACUUCAACUACACGGCCUGGGCCGAGACAAAGCAGUUCGUCGUCGGCGACACGCUAGUGUUCAAGUACAACAGCCCCGCCCACAAUCUGGUGGAGGUGGGCGGGCCGGACUUCAUCUCGUGCACCAAGCCGGCCAACGCCGUCGUCUUGACCACCGGCGAGGACCGGGUCACGCUCGACAAGGCAGGACGCAAGUGGUUCUUCUGCGCCGUCGGCCCGCACUGCCAGAACGGCAUGAAGCUCACGAUCACCAUCCUCGAGACCGCCCCUCCGAGUCCCCAGCCAGCCCCGACGAACCCCGCCGGCAAGCUGCAGGCGCGCUUCGGUGAGGCAGCUGUGGCAGUCACCGCGCUCGCCGCGGCCGUGCUCGUGCUCUAGGGCCCACGGUGGCACAGUCCCAUUCCAUCCUCUUUACA